CUCCAUGGUUGCUGUAGGCAACGCUAAAUGAUGUGAUGCUGCGCGCGCAUUUGUUCCAUCUCUCUCUCUCUCCCUCUCUCUCUAGAAAUCCUCCAUCCACUGUCCGGACUCGUUUGAGUCAGUCAUCGAGUCUCCCUUACAAAGACAUGUUGCUUCUUCGGAUGCUGCAAACUUCUAAGCAAUAAACGGGAUUUAACUUGAAAUAUUCGAGUUAUGUGUAUCGAUUUGACAGAAAAUCAAUCGAAAAAAUUCUCCUGACUAGAAAAUAAAUAUAAUUACAAUGGAUAAGGUGAAAUGGCAUUGGUGGAUGAUGUUGAUUAUGAGUAUCGGAGGAGCAUCCCUCGGACAGGAAAUUGUUUAUACAAAUUGUGGUGGAACCUUACAAGAUCCGAGAGGAAUUAUCGUAACUCCAAAUUUCCCUAAACAAUAUCCCAUCCCUAUCAGUUGUCGUUGGGUUAUCGAAGCUCCCGUCAACAAAGUGAUUGCCAUAUACUUCACGCAGUUCUAUAUGAGAGAAGGGGUAAAGUUAACAGAAUAUGCUUUCUUUGCCGACAACUUCUACGCUGGAAAACACGAAUUCGAUCCAAUCUCUUCAGAUAACAGGCCUACGUAUUUAUUAACCAACAAACCGAUUUUGGUAUUUGAAUUUGUUGUCCGUGAAAUAGGGAAUAUUCAUCUAAGAAUUCGUGAAUAUUUUUUGGAUGUUUUCGGUUUCAACAUCACUUACGAAAUCAUGGACAAAACACAAGCCGUUAAGAAAGAUGGCUGCAUAAAUCAUCAUUGCUCAUACACUGGAAGAUGUUUAGCAGCAGCUGAUUAUCAUAGUUAUUACUGUGACUGUUUCGAUACGUAUUAUGGGGAUGAAUGUCAACAUAGCCCACUUUGUGGACCGUCAGGGAGUUUGAUUACUUGCCAAAAUGGUGGAACAUGCAGAUAUUAUAUUGGUUCUUCGAUCCAUACAUGCGAAUGCUUACCAAAUUUUGAAGGAGAACAAUGCGAAAAGAGAAAAGACAUUGCCAAAUUGAUGAGGGACGGGACCCAAUAUAUCUGGAAUGGACUGAUUAUGAAAUUUCCUGGAAUUGCUUGUCCAGAUUCAAUCCUGGGUCCCCUUAGCGAUAGGCUGAUGUCAUCUGGCUGUCUCCUUCUCCUCCUCCUCCUCCUCUUCAUCAUCAUCAUCUUCAAAGGAAUGAAAAAAAAUAUGUCUAAAUUUGUUGGUUUUAUUUUGUUCACCACUUUUUCAAGUUGGUGUUUUUUUUCAAACUGUUCGGAAUUUGUUGCUCUGAAAAUUGGCAACCUAAGCACCAUUUUGUAUGUAUGGAAAUUGACGUUGUCAAAAUUAUUUAAUGCUGGAUCUGUACAAACUGAGAACUUAACAGUUUUGAGCAUUAAAUCAGGAUUAGAAGUUCAGUUUCAUUUUUUUGGAAAAAAAGAAGAUUCGGCGGAAGCAAAACGUAUAAUGGAAGAUGCCUAUAAAAGUGGAAGAAUAGAAAAAUUUCAUUUGGCAUAUGAUUAUUUUCGAUUUGAAUCGGAACCUCCAUUACAAAUUCAAGAUUUGGAGGCUUCAGAAAGAAUACCAGUAAUAGAAGGUACUGAAUUUAAUUUAGCAUGUAUUAUACAAGGAUCAAGUGAUAUUAAGGUUAAAUGGUAUAAGGAUAACAGACCUAUUAAUGUCGAUACUUUGUAUCGGAAUAUUUGGAUGACUCUUGUACCUAAAAAUUCAAAGCAACAAUAUACAGCAAUACUAGGAUUUGAUAAAAUUGAUAUAUUAGAUUCAGGUGUAUUUACAUGUGAAGUUAUUGAUUGGGGAAUCAUACAAAAUCAAAAUAUUACUGUAACUGUUACUUCAACUCCUAAACCAAAAAUUCAUCCUCUAACAGCAACAGUAAAAGAAGGGGAAAAUGUAAUUAUAACUUGCUUGUCAGAAGAAAGUGUAUAUGGAAAUUUUGGUUAUAACUGGUUAAAGAAUGGCAAAAUAUUAAAUCCAUCUUCAGAACCAGAAUUAAUUGAAGAUCUUUUUCCAACUGGCAGUCGUAUAAUUUUACAAUCUAUUAUAACUUCUACUGUAUAUACUUGUAUUAUUACUAGUAGUGCAGGAGCAAUACGUAAAGAUAGUGUCAUUACUGUUCUUACUUCUGAUAGACAGAUUCCUACAUGUUCUCCUGAAAAAUUCAUGAAAAUAAAUUGGUCUUUGGCUGCUGCUAACACAGAAGAUAUACAUCGUUGUCCAUCGGGGUAUUCAGGUAAUGUUAAAAGGCAAUGUGUCUUGAAAAAAGAAAGUGGAGCUUUUUGGGAUAAACCAAAUUUUUCAGAAUGCCUUUCUAAAGAGUUUUUAGAAAUUAGAAAAAAGUUUAAUAGUUUAAAACUUGGAUAUCAAAUAACAGAUAUAGGAUCAUUACUGUAUGAAUUAAAGGGUUACUUAAAUUCAAAGAAAACAAGGUAUCAUGUUGCAGAGGGAGAACCUGUUGUUGAUUUUUUAGAAGAAGUUUUAAAUUACCAACAAAAAAAUCUUCAGCUAUAUUAUGAGAUACAUAAUAAUUCAAAGGUGUUUCUUGAUGUUGUUUCAAUAUUACUGGAUUCACCUAAUUUAAUCCAGAAGCAGUCCCAAGUUUUGAAACUACAUCAACAAGUGAUAAAUUAUGGUUUACUGCAAGGCCAUUAUAUUGAAGAAAAUACUUUUGUUACUCAUGAACGAUCAGCAUUAGUUAUAGAGGUUGGUCAGAUACAAAAUGAAGGACAUCAUAUUUUAACAUUUCCAAGUAGUCGUAGCUCUCGAUCAAAACAGAAAGAAGGAUAUCCAUUAUUACCUGCUUGGAUGACUGAUUCCAUUGAAUUAAAUUUUAACACCUGGUUACUUCAAGACUUUUAUCAUAUUAAUACUUCAAUAAAUAUUGCUGUAGUAUUUUACAAGAAUUUUUCUGCAUUUUUACCAGAAAGAUUUUUGAAUCGGCAUGGUUCACAGGAUAUGGAAUACCAGUUGCAUUCUCGUUUAAUUUCUGUUGCUAUACAAACUGGAGAACACAUGCUAGGAACAAAAUCGUUAAGUUUGAAAAUCAUAGCCCGUUUGGCUCAUCUUAAUCAUACCGUUAAUCAACAAAUUACUUGGAACAUCUCUUGUGGAUUGGCUGAUUUUUCUCAAGGUGUUCAUUUUUCUAUGGAAGGUUGUCAUCCAGUUCAUAAAGAAAACUUUUCAAUAUGUCAAUGUGAUAGAGUUGGAACAUAUGCUGUUCUGCUGACAACUUAUGCUCAAAUAGAUGAUUUUCAUGUCCACGAAGGCUUUGAAAUAAUUGCAGGCAUUGGUUGUGCCAUUUGUGCCUUUUUAAUAUCUUUUUGUCUUCUUUUAUUACUUAUUUUAUGGAGACACAUCAAAGGUGCCAUAACAGCAUUAAAAAUUCAAGUAUGUUUAGCUCUUUUAGGAGCUUACAUAACAAUCAUGAUUGCUAUUAGUGACAUUUUGCAUGAGAAAUAUUAUCCCCAUAUUGUCUCUCUUAUUCAGUUCUUCCUUUUAGCAGCACUUUGUAUGCAGUUGUGCCUUGGACUUACUAUUUAUACAGAAUUAGUAAAUCUUAGGAAUAUUCGUUAUUUAGAACUUAAAAUAGCUUCAAUGGGAUGGGGUAAGAACUUGUUUUUUUCAAUUUAUAUAAAUUUUCAGUUUGUGCAACAAGUUGUUUAUAUCAGUUUUAGUUUUUUAGAAGGAUUUUCUUUGGAAAGUUGGUGGUUAAAAAUUCACACAAAUUAUUUUUAUGCUUAUGUUACAUCAGUUUUAGCAAUAUCUUUUUUUCAAGUGUUAUUAUUUCUGACAGUGAAAGCAGAACUACGUUGUCAUUUAAAAAUAGAUCCAUUAAAACAGAACAAAUUGAAAAAUAGAUCAAGAUUGCUACAUAGGUCAUUAAUCAUCAGUUCAACUCUCUUAUUAGUUUCAUUCUCAAGUAUUUUAUACAUUAAUUUUGAUGAUAGCAUCUUUAAGUACUUUUUCUCCCUCUGUUCAGCAUUUUUGGGUUUGGUAAUAUUUGGAUGUUACACAGUUUGCAGUGAAAAUCCCCAUUCACCAUGUAAUUCUGAUUGUCCAAUAGAUGAAGAGGGAGAGAAGCAUGAACCUAGAGUAAGAACACAUAGCAACUCUUUUAAAAGUUUCUUACAACCAGACAUUGAAGGUGAAGUGUAUUGUGCUAAUAGAUUAGAAGAAAGUGUAAAUCUAGAAAGAAGAGCAGAUAGAACAAGAUGGAUGAGAUCUCAAAUCCAAAAAUCAUCACAAAAUAAAGAAAUUAAAGAAGCAGAUUGUCUUUUGAAAAACAAGGGCAUAUCUUCAGAAGGUGCAACUAUACAUGAUUUUAGAAAUAAACAAGGAAAAGAUAAUAAUUGUUGUAAUAAUAGUGAUUCCGAAGGUGGAUUUCAAGACUUUGAUGAUGAACACACACCACCUUCAUUUAGAAGAAUGUGGAGGAAGCAUAGAGAGAAACCUAAUUCUCCACCUUUUGAAUUACAGGUAUUGGAAGGUAGUCCACGUAAUAGUCAGAUUAACAUUCAAGAACAAGAUGAUGUAAUCUCGGAAGGAGAACAAGAAUCUUUCUAUAUUUAUAACGAACACCAAAGAGGAGGUUCGGAUAGCAUCAUUUUAACUCAUAGCGGUAAUUCUAGUCCAUCCUGUCAGUUGCUUUUACCUUCAUCAUCAAUUAGACUAUCCGAAAUGUCUGACUCUUGUUCCUCUCAAAGCAGUGGUGCUGACGAACAUAGUGCCUUUGCUUCUAGUGGAAGUGUAAAGACAAUUCAUUACAAUCCAUACCGACCAAGCAGUUUACUUCAGUUUGAAGGUUUAGCUAUAAGGGAAGAAGAUGAAACGGAAAUAAUCAGUGAAGAAAAACUAAAUUAUUCCCCCAACAGAAAAGAUACGACUCUUUUAGAGAGAAUUGUCAUAGGAAAUUCUAGUAAUCAAGAUAAUGGGAAUGCUCCAUCCGAAACAAUUAUUUCAAAACAUAGUAUUAAAAAAGAUGGCCUGAUUGCAGAUCUUCCUUCCGAAGUAGAUCUUCAGGUCAUAGGAAAUGGUUGUGAAGCAAAGAACGAGGAAAAUUAUCCUCCACAGUCAAAGAAGGGUUGGAGUAUUACCACUGUAUAAUAAUUUGCUCAUUUUUAUAUUUUCCAAAUUAUGCUCAAAAUUUAACAACAUUUGUGUGCAUUAUAUAAAUGGAAUAUUGCUGCUGAAUUGUUGUCACCAUUGUAAAUACAUAUCUUCCAUAUCAGUCAUCAUUUUUAUAUACCUAAAUAUAAAGAAAAAUAGAAUUAUAUAUAGUAAUGUAUGUCGUGAAUGGCUUGUAUAUAAUGGCAAUAUACAUGUAUAUUUAUAAUCUUAAAAUUUGACACAGUUAUGCUUAAUGAAUUCUUAAUUUGAUUAUCAGUAUUUUAUUUUAUAUAAAAUUUUUAAGUAAUAUGGAAAAUAUCUAAAUUUAAACAAAAUUCAUUUGUUUUUAAAAAAUUUAUUAAUU